UGCUAAGCUAGGAAGGUGAGCCCUGUUCACACCUCAGCCAGGCUGUGGCAGCAAGAACUAGAUCAGGAAGGCAGAACCCAGAGGCCCAGGGGGCCCCGGCCAUCCCCUACAUCCUCCUGCUUGUGAGGGGGCAUCGGAGCAUCUCAGACCCAGAGAAAUCAUUGCAGUCUGCCCUUCUGUGAGUCUGCUCACACCUCAGGCACCAUGAAACUCCAGGUGUUCUGGACUGGGCUGGAAUAUACCUGCCGGCUCUUGGGCAUCACCACAGCUGCAGUGUUGAUCGGAGUGGGCACCGAGACCUUCCUCCAGGGGAAGUUCAAGAGCCUGGCCUUCUAUCUGCUGUUUACAGGAGUCACCAUCUCUGUGUGUGAAGGAACCUACUUUGUGGCUCAGCUGUUGGCCAUCUGCUUUAAGUGUCAGCCGGGGUCUCUGGCACACAGAGCAAGGGAGAAGGCCCAUUGGCUGGGCUGCUUCCAGAAGUUCCUAGCCUACACGCUGUUGUCUGUGGCCUGCUUCCUCCACCCUGUUCUGGUCUGGCAUGUGACCAUUCCAGGCUCCAUGCUAAUCAUCACUGGGUUGGCCUACUUCCUGCUGAGCAAACGGAAGAAAAGAAAGGCUUCCCCAGAGGCGCCGGCCCCCACAGAGCAGUACACAGACCCCUCCAGCAGCACCGUGAGCACCACAGGCUCUGGGGACACCGAGCAAACUUACACUUUCCAUGGGGCUCUCAAGGAGGGGCCUGGCUCGUUCUUCAUCCACAUGAAGAGCAUCCUGAAAGGCACCAAGAAGCCCCAUGUCCUGCAACCCCAAGGUGCCCUAAUGGAACUGGCGCUGGAGCCAACUGACUCCUUGGCCAAGAAGAAGCAGGUUCACUUUGAAGACAGUGUGGUCAGAAUCAUUCCGUCCCUCACUGAAGGCCUGGGUGAUGACAGUGACAGUGGGCCAGAGGAAACUGCCUCUGACACCACCCCCAUCAUCCCUCCCUCCCAGACCCCACACUUUCUGCCUCCUCUCAUGGCCACUGACCUGUUCUGAGCUUCUCAGCUAGAGGUCUACAGAUGGAUGGACCUGCCAGAGGACUCCUAAUAGCCGUGGUCCCUGUCGAGAACUCAGGGUAUCCGUUGGUCAGCUGUUCUACACUUCUCAAUGGUGGCUGGGGUUUUGGAACUAUGAGAGAACGUACCAUGCCAGAUCUGUGGAGAUCUCCAGGGUGGCACAAAUGGGGCUUUCCCAUGUGGAAUCAACACAGCCUCCUCCUUCUUGACCAGGAGAGGGGAAAUAGAUCAUGGUUCCAUUUUCCACAAGGCUGAAGACCCAACUUGCUAAGUCCCAAAGGAACGAAAGAUACCAACUCAGUUUCCCUUGCACCCAGCAAAGGGUUCAGCCUUCAGCAAGGACCCAAUGUUGCAUUUUGCACAUGAUGCAGCCUACUAGUGCUGAAGGCCCAAGGGUACAUCAGCAGUGUGAGUAUCUCAGCAAAAGGUAUUGGAUGAAGUGGCCAUGAAUCCUGAGAAGAUUGCUCAGGAUAGAUAUUGGAGGGACGCUUCAGAUCUCAAGUGAGACUAGCCUGGCAAUGGGCUGCAUUCUCUGCAUAUUCUCUGGGCCUGGGCUGGGCAUCAGACAUUUCAGAAUCCCCAGGGAAACAAUGCCACUCUGUGCUGACUGCCGGGAAAACUGGCAAGAAGAGCAUCUCUCAUUCCAGAAGGAUAGCUAAGGGCUUCCUGCCACCCCACCCCACCCCACCCCCACUCUAUGGGCAGUGUUCUGAUUCCAAGAAGAUGGUGUAGGCUACAAAGAGUCUGCGAGCCUGUAACAGGAAUAAGCAGGACGUAGCAUAGAGUAUUCACUGCAGGCCAGGACUCUGGGGCGCUGCUCUCAGAGAGUUGCCGAGUACAGGGAAGUAUGUCUGCCAUGCUUAGGCACCUGGGAGUAGGAUGAAUGAUUAACAAAUGUUUGCUCAAAAUAGGGAGGAAGGGAGGAAGAAGAGGGAAGAAGGGCACGUGGGGGGAGAAGAGCGAGCAGGCAUGCUCUCCAUCCAGGGGCUACAGAGGUGACAGGGAAUUUGAGUUAGAUAUUUCUCAGUAAAAAGCUUUGCAACACAUCUCUUAGUUCUAAACAGUAUGUUUGGUCUGCGGGACGAUUGCCAGGAGGAAUAGACACGUUAUUCCUUAUAGAUGACCACAGUGUACAAGCAACAGGAAGGAAGAGCCCUAUAGUCUGUGACUGGAGAAGGGGCUCACACCAGGGUUCUCUGAGGGAUGGGCCUCGAAGCACACAUGCUAGAGUCUAGAUAAGCAAUAUGUUCAUUGUAUAAUUUUCCCCGCUUAUGAAGUAUUCUUUCGGGGAGGGGGUGUGUGGAAAUGAGGAGGUAUCAGCCUGGUGCUUAGCAUGGUCGAGGUUCCAGACCUUGCUUGCAAUAGAGGAUGUGUCUGCUCGGACUGUCGUAGUGAAGGUGGAAAGCAAGCUAGGAGGGCUGCAGUAGGCAGGCGAGAUCUACUCAACCCAUUGCUCAAGUCAAAACCUGGAAACCUAAUGGAGGACUAUAAGCUCUGACUGCAAGGGCAUUAAAGCUAUUUUGACUUUCACCAAUGAGGGAUGUUAGUGCAGUCAGGGAAUAAUAAAAUACACAGACUGUAGGUGUGGGCGGGUGUGUCCCUUUACUACAGAGACCUCAUGGUGAGGGAAGAACCAGGAAACACCAUGACACCCUAAAUUAGUCUAAGGCAAGGCCAGUGCAGAUCCAAAAGACCACCUCAACUCUGGAUUUCAGGGCUAGAGCCCCAGGAACAGAUCAUCCAGCUGACACACGACAGAAGCCAGAAGCAACAAACCCCAUAACCCGGAGGAGACGGGUCUUGGUGCCCUCUUUCUGUGCCUCUGUUUUAGUUACGUUCUAUUGCUGCAGUAGAAUACCACGGCCAAAAGCAACUUAAGGAAGAAAUAGUGGAUGUGGCCUAUGGUUCCAGAGAGCUAGAGUUCAUGAUAACAGAAAAGAUCUGGCAAGUAGUCGGAGCUAGAAGCCAACUGGUGAUACUUCAUCCACACACAGGAAAUGUGUGUGUGUGUGUGUGUGUGUGUGUGUGUGUGUG